AUGAAGUGGAGCGUCCGCGGGGCCUGCGCCGCGCUCUCCUCCUGCCUCCUGCUCGCCUGCGCGCUCAGCGCCGCCGCCGUCGGCCUCAAGUGCUUCUCGCUGGGCUCGGAGCUGCGCGGGGAGCCGUUCCGGCUGGGGGCGGCCGCCGGCGCCUUCUACUCGGGGCUGCUGCUGGCCGCCGGCCUUUCGCUUCUCGGCGCCGCCCUGCUCUGCUGCGGGCCCCGGGACGCGCCGCUCGCGGGGUCGGGCCCGGGCCCGGGGCUCGGGGUCCCCGCGGCCGCGGCGGGGGCUCCCGAGGCCGCGCCGGGAGAGCCGGGGGCCGCGGCCGGGCCCUCGGGGCCGGGGAGCAGCCAGAACCUGCUGCUGCUCGGCGUCCUCGUCUUCAUGCUCGGGGUCCUCAGCGCCUUCGCGGGCGCCGUGAUCGACGGCGACACCGUGUCCCUCGUGGAGCGCAAGUACUCCCACUACUGCCUGCCCCCGCGCGCGCCGGCCCCCGGCCCCGCCGCCGCCGCCGCCGCCGCCGCCCCCGGCCCGGCCCCCGGCGCGCCGCGCGCCCGCAGCACCCUGGACAGCGCCACGUCGGCCAAGUGCCGCCAGCUCAAGGACUACCAGCGCGGCCUGGUGCUCUCCACCGUCUUCAACUCGCUCGAGUGCCUGCUGGGCCUGCUCAGCCUCCUGCUCGUCAAGAACUACCGCGCGUCGCAGGCGCGGCGCGGCCGGCGCGGCCGGCGGAGGGCGGCCCGGGCCCUGGCGCGGCCCCGCGGCGGCCCCGGGCUCCGCGCGCAGCCGCCAGCCUCCCGGGCGCGGCGGGGCCGGCGGGGCCGGCGCGGUCGGCGGCUGCAGCCGCGGCCGAGCGACGCUUCCAUCCUGUCCCCGGAGGACUCGGACGUGGCCGCCCCGGGGGACUGCGCUGGCUUCGGGGCGCACCACGCAGUCUCCUACAUCAACGUGGGCGUCUUCCACGCGCUCGACGAGGCGGGUGUGGAGGUGUGCUGCGGAGGGCACCCGUCGGUGGAGCUGCCGGGGUACGCGCCCUCGGACCCCGACCUCAACGCCUCCUAUCCCUACUGCUGCCGGCAGCCCUGCGAGGCCGCGCGCCCCUGGGAGCCGAGCCGGGCCUGCUGA